GCCGCUCACUUCUUGAACAUUCAUCUAUUUGAAGCUUACAGCAAAAGUUAAAAAACCUUGAAGAUCAGAGCAGCAGGGUGGACAUUGAGGACCAUUUGGCUAGCUUUUUCCCCGGAUUCACUUCUUCAGCUAAAACCAUGAAGCCACGCCGGUCGAGCUGCACCGACUCUGGAUCCGAGUCCUCUGAAGUAGACUCCAAAAGCCCAGAGAAGUAUGAAUCGGCCACUCGCCGAAGGAUGGCCGCCAACGCCAGAGAGAGGAAGAGGAUGCAGGGUUUGAACACAGCCUUCGACCGCUUACGAAAGGUUGUCCCGCAAUGGGGUCAAGAUAAGAAACUGUCCAAGUAUGAGACCUUGCAGAUGGCUCUCAGCUAUAUCAUGGCCCUCAACCGGAUCUUGAUGGACACAAAGAGGCACAACACUGCACACAGGCAGUGGGUGGACUUGCAGUUUGACUGCGUGCAGCCUGACAACUAUCAGUACCUUGUAAGGUACGACUCCACCGGGCAGGACUAUAUCAACUCCUCUUUCUCUUAUCAGUUUGAAGGGCAUCAGCUCCCCAUAUAAACUAACUAAUCUGCCUGUUGGCAUGUAAACCAGUCAUGUUGUGAGCGGCAAUGUGAGCCUUUUUUCUCCAAUUAAGGAGACAGUAAAUACAUUUGUAUUGAUUGAUUGAUUUAUUUGUUUUAAAAAUAUUUGUUUGACAAUCAAAAGUUGUCUUUUUUUUAAG